CUGAUGCUGCCUAUCGCUCGGAAAUGUACAAACACAGACAAUCGGUAGACUCUGCAGCCUCCGGGGAAUCUCAAUCACGUUUCUCACCCACCAAUCAUUCAGUACACUCAUUAACUCAUGAUGUUGAGCACAUGCAACACAUGCAACAUAUGUCACUUAACCAACAACCCGCCUCCAAUAGACAAUCUCCCGAAUUAUGUGUUUCCGGUGAUGAUGAUGAACAAGAACAUAAAUCUUUAAUCUCACAACACUCCAUCUCACCUGUCUCCUCUUUGGCUCAAACACAUCAUCAUCAAGUUCAUAGUCCCCUUGCUGUAAGAGCCUCACCAGUGCAACAUACCUCAGCUGAAACCACAUUUGCCAUUAAAAUGCAAUCCCUUUCACCCGUAUCAGUCUGCUCUAUAACACACGAAACCUCUGCACCCUCCUCCAACUAUGAAGAGCCCAUGAAUCAAGAUUGUCCCAUGGAUUUGAGCAUGAAAACCUCUAGAUCAUCAGUGCACAGUGAUAGUGAUAUGUUAAGUGAAACCUCCUCCUCAGAGGAAGAAAGACAACAAAAUAUGCGCCGCAAAUUCUAUCAAAUGGAAAGUUCUAAUGAAAACUCGGAAAACUCUUCCGAUUCAGAGGCUAAUAAAAGGCAAAAAUUAGCUGAAGCCAACUAUGCUGCCUUCGGUUCUCAUCAUGCUCAAAGAGGUAUAGUUUGUGUUUAACUGCAGCCUCCUACUCUAAGCAAACUACCAAAACCACCGCUCAACACACAACACGUAAGAAACAGUAACUUAAACCAUCCAUCCCUUUAUAGUCAAUGCAAAUUUUAUAUUAUUAUUAAUUUUUAUUAUUAUUAUUAGUUUUUAAGCCAAACACACACACACAAAAAAAUUUCAAGUCUAAAAUUGUAUAUAAUAGUAAAGAGCCGCUGUUAGAUUUUUUCAACAGCCGCCUUUACCUCAUAAAUUUUUUAAAUUGAAAUUCCAAAUAUUAGUUUUAUAAGUUGUAGUUAGUUGAAUGUUUAUUUUUUUAAAUUUUUUACUCUAUUUAGUUAUUAAUCUAAUUGUUUAUAUUCCCCCCCAGAAAAUUAUUGUAUAUAAUUUAUAUUUUUUUACUUUUAUGCAUGCUUUUUUUUAUUACUUUAUAAGUUUUUUAGUUUUUAAUUGAAAACCCCAUGUUGACCAGCCUAUGGCUAGAAAAAAUUGUAUAUAAUGAUUUUGAUUGCAACAAUUGUAUUAUUUUUUUAAACAAAUUUUUAUUAUUUUUUAUUUUAAUAUUGUAUAUAUUUAUUAAAAAUUGAAAAUACCAAUGAAUUGUAGAUUAUUUGAAAAACAAAAAAUAACAUGAAACAAGUUUUCUUUUACAAGAAAACAAAAAAAAAAAAAAAAAAUUUUGAAAAAAAAUAUAAAAUGUUUAU